ACAAGAAAUUUAGAUACUUUAGUAUAUGAGAAUGUGGUAAAUGUAAACAGAAAAAAUACAUUCCAUCGACAUCUUUUUAUUAUAUAAAAUAUCAGUAAAUGAAAUGGAAUUGGAUAAUCCAACACCCGAGGAUUUACAACGAAAAUUAUAUUUUUUAAUGGAACAGCUGCAACAUAUGGCGGGUGAACUUCCUCCAAAAUAUCAAAUGCGCUUACCUUAUGAAUUGUUGUCUGGACUUGCAAAUAGUUUAUUAAACGAUACUAUUUUUGAAAUUGUGAAAGGUUUAAUGGAAAUUCAACAUGUUACAGAAAAGCAUUUAUUUCAACAGCGAUUACAAUUAAUUAAUCAACAGCAAAUUGAAAUUCAACAAGUAUUAUCAAAUAUUCGAGUAGAUGAUGAAAAGGAAUCAGUAAAACAGUCAUUAUUUCAAAAGCACAGAGAGGAAUUAAAACAACAAGACAUGAAAUUAGUGAUGCAAUUGGAUCAAAAAGUAGCUGAUCAACAAAGCAUCUUAGAAAAAGCUGGUGUACCUGGUUUUUAUGUAACAAACAACCCAAUGGACAUUCAAGUUCAAAUGAGACUAUGUGAUUUUAUAAUACGACUUAGUAAAAUGGAAGUUCCUAGAUAGCUAAAAUUUAAAAAAUAUAUGUAAAUAAUAUAUGGUUUAUUUAUAUAUUUUUA